AUGUUAGGGAACCUUUCAUUGGUGGCUUUACUGGUGUGUGCCUGUGCCGCCUCCUCAAUUGAGGAAAGCAGAUCGAAGUUGUCAACUCAUGACAGAAUACGAGCAGAUGGAUACCCCGCCCAAUAUUUCGAUUUAAUAACAGAUGAUGGAUACAUUUUACAAGUAAACAGAAUCCCGCGAGGCAAGAACGAUUUCUUUGAUUUUCGCAAGCGGCCAGUAGUUUUCCUGCAGCAUGGAUUACAGAGUUCAGCUAACGCGUUCCUUGGAAUUGGUGUUGACACCAGUCUGGCGUACAAUCUCGCCGACCGCGGUUUCGACGUGUGGAUAGGAAACGCUAGAGGAGUCGAGAAUUCCCGCCGCCACGUCCUAUGGGACCCAGACAGUGACGUAACGAAACGUCACUUCUGGGACUUCACUUUUGAAGAAAUAGCUCUCAUUGAUCUACCGCGCAUGAUUGACUUUGCGCUUGCGCAUACUCGUCAGGACAAACUCCACUACGUCGGUCACUCGCAAGGUGGAACUGUCUUCUUAAUCCUCAACUCAAGGAAGCCGGAGUACAACGACAAGUUCAUCUCUGCGCAUUUAUUGGCUGGAGUCGGUUAUCAGAACCAUUUCCCCAACUGGAUUUUGACUCAGGCUUCUGCUAGAGUUGACGAAAUCAGAGCUCUAACGUAUCUGUUGGGUAUCGUAGAAAUUCUAGGACCGUCGAAAGACAGGAAAUCUAACCUCGAAGUCACGUUAGCUACAUCAGCAGUAGCUGAAAUUGAAACCAACAAUGCCCUCGCAGACCUGAUAUCAUUAAUUAAACGAGCUAUGGAUGAAUUCUCCCGCGCUAAAGCCGGAAUCGGCGGCGCUGCGAUCAAGCAAUACGCUCAUUACGGGCAAAACAUUCGAGACAAGAAGUUCAGAAGCUUCGACCACGGCAUCUUGGGUAACUUGGCUCGAUACGGCUCAACAACACCCCCCGAAUAUGACAUUAAGAAGAUAACUGUAGACUUGACGAUGCAUUAUACCCUCGGGGACGUCCUACUGUCUGAAGCUGAUGUUUUAGAAAUGGCAAAUGAUAUACCGAACUGCAAAGCUCGUCGAGUAGCCAGGUCCGAUUUCUCCCACACCGACUUUGUGCUAGCCCGGGAUUCCAAGGAAUUAGUAUACGACUAUCUAAUCGACGAUUUGAUCAGGCGCAAGUGA